AUGCCUGUCAAGUCCGAGUCCGAUAACAAUGCUUUUCCUCCUUCCGCUGCCGAACAAAGCUCGCAAAGCGAUACCAGGCGUCAGUCUGCGGCCAGUGCGCUCUUGGCUCAACUGCUCGGCAACCAGUCGUCAAUGCCUUCCGACGGACCAGGGCCCUCUGCGGAACACUCCGUACCCGCAGCGCAAGACACGAAGCAACACCAGGAUAUCGAUGAUGGGAUGAAUGGACAAUGGUCGACGGACGCGCCUGCGGGAACCACAGCGAUGUCUUCAGACCCGACCGGGGGCCAAGACCAAAUCCCGGCCAACUCGAACGAGUUACCGGAGUCUCAACAAGAACAGAAAAACUCCGAUCAACCAUCGGAGGUACCCUUUUCGAACCCAGAAGAGGACUUGAACAUAUCAUUGAAACAUGCCGACCCCUCGGAAGGUCUCACGGACCCUCUACUCUUUUCAAAGUCGGGCCUAGACCAUUCCGACCUAUUUACGCCGUUUGAUAUCACUGGCGCUGCUAAGGACCCAUUCGAGGCAUUACAACAACACGAGAUACUUACAGCUGCUUAUCUUUCCCAAAACGCUGACCUAUCAGCCCUUGGAUACUCCGGAGGACAUCUACAGGACACCGGUUCGAUCGCGGGAUCAGAGCCUCGCAUCCAGGCUUUUGCAAAACUGGAAUUCGACGAUGGUCAUUUUUACUGCAACACAUAUUCCUUUAUUCUCGGGCGAGACGUACGGGCUGCCCGGGCCGCCCAUCAGCGCGAAUUUCAGGUCCGACAGGCCAUGAGACACACCCGCGCAAAAAGUUCAAGUGGUGGAAAUACGUCGCAUACUCCUAUCCGAAUGAAGCAUGAAGGCAGCGGCAUCAUAGGCAGUGUCGUCAGUGACCGUGGUGGAAUUAUGGGCUUUGAUCCUGAUGUCCCGCCCCAUCUUCCCUCCCGUAUAAGUCGGCGAUCGUCCAACUCUUCCCACGCCGAAUUGGGAGCUCCGAUGCAUGCAACACCGGCUCAGUUACAGUCGAAUACCACUGAUUACAAUGCCCUUGCUAUGGAAUCUUUGAAUGACGAGGGUGGAGACGCUAAGCCAGUUGAUGCUUUAGCUUUGCUUCCGUCCCCAGAUUCUUGUCCAACGAUCCCGAUUCACCCCCCUGCCACUACAGACGGUAGUGCCGCCGGACACCGAGGUAUCUCACGGAAACAUGUAAAGAUUGCAUAUAAUUUUGAUAAGAAUCUCUUUGAGAUGGAGGUUAUGGGAAGAAAUGGAGCGUUCAUUGGUGCUGAUUGGUUAUCGCCGGGUCAGGUCAGGCCCUUACACAGUGGCGAUUAUAUCCAAAUCGGAGGUGUACGAAUACGAUUUCUACUUCCAGAUGUACCAAUCGGUGAGACGGGCGCCGACAGGGUCGAGGAACCCUACGUGGCAGAAGAAGAAAAUGCACAGGCUUCAGUCCCUGCAACGGAGAACGAUGAGGAUGAGAAACGCCGCAAAUCUGAAAGUACAGAGAACAAAGAUGCCCCGAAGACCACUAAGAUCGUUCUUAAGACAAAAGAACCCGAUCCGACACGCCCGGUACCAUCCAUUGAAAGUUCUGCUGACGGCCAGCAACCUAUGCGUCGUAGAGGCCCGGGACGGCCACCCAAGGAUGGCAUUAUGUCGAAGCGUGAACGGGCCGAAUUGGCCAGGGAACAAAAGUUGGCUGCGAAACGUGAGGCAAAUGGAGGUGUUACUCCUCCCCCUGCCAAUCGGCCGAAGGCCGGAAAGACAACGACUACGAGUACUACUACUGUCACUACACCCAAGGAGUCCAUGGGUGGAGAAUCUCCUGGAUCCAAGCCUGAAAAGCGGAAGUACACCAAGAGGAAGAAGCCUGAUGGCACCCUUAUGGACUUCCCUCUGCCUUCUACAGAAGGUGGCCAGUUCCCUAUGGACCAGCGCCCGGAGGAUUACAUCAAAGCCCCUCCAGUCAAGAAGCGCAAGCCCUCGCGUUCACCCUCGCCCAACUACCCACCAGAAUCCGCAUAUACUCCAGAAGAUCUGGCCAAACCGCCCUACAAUUAUGCGGUUCUUAUCUUCGAUGCUCUCACUGAGGCUGGCACGCCGAUGACGUUGAAGCAGAUCUAUCGUGCGCUCAAGUUAAAAUAUCCUUAUUUCCGUUUCAAGUGUGAAACUGAAGGCUGGACGUCCAGUGUGCGACACAACCUCAACGGCAACAGCCAUCUCUUUAUGCAUGCCGAGAGAGACGGUAAAGGAUGGUCAUGGCAACUACGUCCGGGAGCAUCGGUUGAAAAGGAGAAGAAGAGGCGUCCAUCGCCGCCGCCGCCAUCACAGCCGCCGCCGAUGCCUGCGGCUCCGCAGUAUAUGCCUCCUAUGAACCCAGCCUACUCCAACCCAACGAAUGGGCAGGCAAAUAUGGCGAACCCCCAUUUCCAGUUUCCGUCAAUGCCAUCAAAUCCGUACCCUGCCCCCUCGCCUGCCCCUGCACCUGUUCCUGCACCUCAGCAAUCGAGUCCCUAUCCGCCACCAUCUCAACCCGCCGCCUCUACCCCUUUCCCCAUACCAAGUCCACUAAGAAACAAUCUUCCGCCUGCUUUUGCUCAGACAACGCCGUCCACAUACACUUCCCCAUAUGCCUCCGAUCCCCCUCCGCAGCUGAUUCAAUAUCAGCAAUCGCAGCAACAACAGACCAUGCAAGCACAGCCCCAGCAUCACUCACCUUAUCCACCAGCCAACCCUCCACCACCACCAGCUCCUCCCAUGUCAAUGAACCCGCCAUCUCAAAAUCUUCCGCCCAACCCAGGCCCACCCAUGCAACACCAACCCAACCUUGGUGUCGCCCCAGGCGAGCCCAGUUCAGGCCCUAUGGACACUUCCGAAACGUCUUCGUUCAAUGACCGCGCGAACAAGGCAAUUGAUGACUUCGAAGCGGUCCUCAUGGAGGAUUAUGAAGACAAGAACUAUAUUCGGGAAGUGCUGAAGAGCGCCCGUGCCCGCGUUCUGGGAGAGGCCACGGAAAGCUCAUUCCCUGGUGGCGAGCCGAAGGACGAGGCAGUCAUUCUAGACGCGCUUCGUGGCUUGGUCGGAGGCUUGAAGGAUGAGUGA